AUGGUCAACAUGACAUGUCCGGUCAUUCCGGACAAGCCCAACGAUCCCAAACCUUUCUUCAACAAUGGCAACAUCGACUUCAAAGCGCACGACGUUGGAUGGCUCGUCUGCGGCAUCAUGGCUCUUGUCGCGACCAUCUCGUCCGCCUGGCUUAUAUGGAAGCAUCUCACCUACUACACCUGUCCACAGCAACAGCGACACAUUGUCCGACUCCUCGUCAUGGUGCCCAUCUACGCCAUCGUUUCUUUCAUGUCAUACCUCUUCUAUGAACACGCGCUCUACUACCAAACCAUCCGUGACUGCUACGAAGCAGUCCUCGUCACCUCUUUUUUCUACCUUAUCCUCGCAUACACGGGCGAUACUCGCGCGGAACAACACGCCGUAUUUCGAAACCUCGAGCUCAAGGAUCGAUUCUGGGUAUGGCCGCUCGGGUCCUGGAAGUACAAACCAGACGGUCUUCACUUCCUAUGGCUGAUGAAGAUCUGCGUGUUGCAGUACGCCAUAGUCAGACCGCUGUGUACAUUUGUCGCUGUGGGGACAGAGUACUUUGGCUACUACUGCUUGCACAGCUGGAUGCCAUGGUUCACGCACGUCUGGUGCGCAUUCUUCAUCAGCAUUUCAGUGACGGUGGCCAUGUACUGCCUCAUUCAGCUCUAUAUGCCCAUCAAGAAGCUGGUCGACCCGUACAAACCCUUGCUCAAAUUCCUUUCGAUCAAGACCAUCGUCUUUCUGACAUUCUGGCAAGACGUCAUGCUUUCAUUCCUUGUCAGCUUCGGCGCGAUCAAAGAGACCGAGUACUUUACAGCAGAACAGAUCCAGGCAGGCAUCAACGCACUGCUGCAAUGUUUCUGGAUGCUGCUCUUCGGUUUCAUCCAUAUCAAAGCGUUCAGCUAUCUUCCCUAUCGGCCCGAAGACCGAUCGCGCACGACGAGGCGAGGCAAAGCCUUGUUGGACGCCUUAGAUUUCCGCGAUUGGUUUUUUGAGAUGAAGGAAAGUACUCGGUAUAUGGCUGCACGAUCCAAGGGUAGAGAUUACACAUUGGCCGAGGACCUGCGCGCCAAGCGUCACGAGCAUCUUCUCAAUGCUUUCGGGAAGUCACGAGCCGCCAAUCUCGAGACCGAGAUCGAUAUGGAAAAGGCGGCGAUGCCUACGUUCUGGAAAAACCCAGAGGAUGCACAGUUCUGGUCGCCGACAAGUGAGACAGCAAGUUCAGUACCAGGCAUUCGAAAGGAGAUGGACGACGCUUACACCUCGCUACCUCUUUCAGGCGCGAGAUCUGGCGCUCGCAAUGGUGUCAAGCAUCAGCUAGCACCCGCAAGCGAUUCUCACACUCAAAGAGCGGCGGAGCUACAACGCCUUGUCCAGGAGCUCGACCUACAGGUUGUCGAUCAAUCCAUCAUCGGUUGUGAGACUAUCGAUUACGGGUACGAGGACGAGAAGUACGAGCGCACCGGUUUGAUGCGCCAGCAUGUCGAGCAAGCUGUCGCGGGCACAAGUCAGAUUGACGAUCAGCACCCAGAACUGACCCAAUACCACGUACCAACGGUCCAGCUCGCCAACGUGCCAUCUCUGGCGUACGAACAGGACACGCACUCGUCUGGCGUGGCCAAUACAGGAGGUCUGCAAUCGGGAGCCGAAGCGAACGAGUCGCUGAUGCACUCCCGUCAGAGAUCCAAGACGGAAGCCGGUAUCGGCGCUUUUGGGAUCGCAUCGUGGUUCGGAUGGAACGGCAAUGCGGCUGUUCAAGAGCAGGCACAUGCAAGCUCUGGCACUGCUGCCUACUUGCGGCCCAAUGAUGCUUACGGUGCUAACGCAGCACCUCGUUCUGCAGAUGCACAAGGCACAGGAUGGUGGAGAAAUUACUGGGAACAGGUGUCCAAUGUUGGUACCCGCGAGCCUUCGGUCAUUGGCAUGGAGGAGGAAGAGGAAAAGCAGCCGCUCAACGAGUCGCGUCCAGCAGUGCUGCGUCAGGUCACAGCCGGGUCGUGGGGAAUCGCGAGCACUCCGCAAAGUGACAGCCGUGUCACAGCAGCGGUCGAAUUUCGCUCCCCGCCAACACCACCAGCGCUGACGAUCAACACCGAUUCUCACGCCAAUCACGAAGCGAGCAUGGAUAGCACCUCCUCCCCCUCAUCUGGAUUCACCCCACACGCCGACUCGCCGCUCUCUCGUCUGAUCCAGACGUCACGCGACUCAUUCAGCUCGCUCAGUCGUGACGAAGUACAAAAGCAAAUUCUCGAAUCCUCGUCACCGAGAGGGCACAGGUCAGCAGUGUCUCGCCUUCCAUCGUCGCUGCCAGCGUCGACCAUCCGAGCAGUACGACCCACGCCGGCACCACGAAUGUCAUCCUUCGCAGCAUCGUCGAAACAGGCCAGCGUCAGCAGAGUCAAUUCCACCACGACGCGGUCCGAUGGCGUACGUAAGCCAAACUCCGCACCGUCAGCCUACGAAUCGGCAGCUGGACAACUCGCGUCCGAGAUGUUGUCGACAGACGACUCGACAGGCGGCAUACAUCCUAUCGUCUUUGCCGAUGCUCUCGUUGAGAAGCCUGCUAUGGAGGAGUCUGAUGUCACGAUCGUGAAAGCGAAAGCUUUGGCGCCGGCGGUUGGGCCGAAGGGAAAGUUGGUGAAUAUUGUAUUGCCAUCGCCUCUGUCGCCUGCUAGAUACCCGUACGGACAGGAAGUACAGCAAGGCGCGCCUGCCGGCUCGAAGCCUACUGCAAUUGGCUUCAAGUCUGACAGCGCGACAGAGUCGACCAGGGGUUUCGAGCCGAAGGAAGUCAAGCAUCAACAUCAAUCUAGUGCCAGCGGUGGAGGAACGCUCAAGUGGGCAAAUCAGCCAGCUAAACCGUCGAAGCCAUCCGCCGAGCCUUCGUCCGUCGACACGAUCACGAAAUUGCCUCAGGGCAAGAACGUGAUCACGAUCGGAAGCAUGAGUUUGGUGCAAGCCAAAGCAGCGCAAGAGAAAGCUGCCGCGGAUGCCGCUCAAGCUCAGUCUGCGGUACGUUCGUCGACGGUAGCUCCGUCGCCACUGUCGACUCCAUCGACUAAGUCAGCACCACCGAGAUCCAUUCUCGUCGACAGCAGCUCCAGCAGAGCUGCCGCAAAGCCGCUCCUCCCAGCGCCAUCAAAGCUUUCGAAUGUCGGAAUGAGCGCGGGUGAUGAUCCGUACGUCGCUGGACGCAGUGCCACCAUUGAUACCCCUAGGGAGCGAAGUCGGGUGAGCGCACCUGUACGAUCUGCUGCGCCGACGGGUGAAAGCAUCGUCGCAUCUUCGUCAGCACAAACACGGACAUCCACGUCGACCGCGUUUGAAGUGGGGAGUAUCGUACCACGCGAAGCUGUGGUCCGAGCGAGCAUGCCCGCAGGUGGACCGUUAAGAGGAUACUACGAUUCGAUCGGACGCAGCUCGCAGCACCGAGAGAUGAUGCAAAACCACUCGUUUGUCCCCGUAGUCAAUGGUUCCAGACUGCCCAUGCUGCCUGCUCAUCCUAGCCAGGUACGCGGGAACGGUGUUGCAAAUGCUAGACCUGGACCAGGAAUCCAUCCGCCCCCACAACAAGCUCAUCGACAACCACCGCCGCCUUCUGGCUACCACCAGCAACAAAACCAUCCCUCACACCGCCAUCCGUACCAAUACCCUCGCCCAGACCAGACAAUCUAUCCUCAACAACCACCUUCACAGCAAUUACGAUACCCACAAUCUCAACCACGACCGCGAUACCCGCCCCCUCCAAGCCAGUUUCAAUUCGAAUAUUACCGAGAUUGA